AAUAAGGAAAAGUGGAUGCGUGCCAACUGGACAGGAAAKGAACAUCAAAUUCUAACUCAACUUGAGUCAAUGAGCCUCGAAACUCCACAAGAACGCAAAAGAUUCGAAGCAGAGUACAUGACAGUGAAAUUGCAACACUGGAAUGUGUUUUUGAGGGCAUUGCUACGAUAACAGCCAUCAUUUGGUAGACCCGAGAGCUGUUGGACGACAGGACGAAACACAARCCACCAUGUCUCUUAUGGUGGUGGUUGGGAUUUUGACGGCGCUUUUUGCUUUUGCACCAGCAACUGAAGCAAGAGUAAGAGCACCCGAAAGACCUGUUGUUCCAAAUGUAACAGCGACAAGUCCAACAGAAAUCAAAAUGAGUUGGUGUCGAGUCAAGCCAAACAACAUAGAGGUUGACCAUUAUGAGUUAUURAUUGAUAAUGAAUUGGAAUAUUCGGGUAUUGACGUCAUGUAUGUGGCAAAGCGACUAAAGCCCUGGUCGUGGUAUGAGGUUAAACUUAGAGCAUGUGGUUUCCAGCCAGGUUUUUCUUGUUCACCAUUUUCAAGACCAAUUUUYGUUAAGACACUAUCGAGCGGUGAAAAUGAUACAGCAAUAGAYUCAACAGCUACAGUCUUCAAAAAGGUUGUACUACCAACAUACAUGUUUAUCAUCGGUGUYUUGGUGGGUGUGGUCGUUUUGGCAAUGGCCUUGAUAUGGAGGUAUUUACAGUCCAAUGACCUGUGGGUGAGCGAGUCAGCAUUUGAACUACCAACACAUGUUCAAUCACCAAACAAAAAGUGUCUCAAAGCUGGGAAAAUGGCCAAACUGAAUGCUUUCCUCAUGAACAACAUGGCGGGAAAACCUACAGCAAGCCUAGAGAUCACAAAAGAGGAGCCAAAAUAUGAGAAAUCAUCUCACCAAGUUGAGUCUUUUGUUACGUGUGAAGUAGAUUCUGGGAUUGAAAGCAAUGUUGCAAAGCAAGAAAUAUCAGUGCAAACAGUAGAUUCUUGUCUCCCAGUUAACAACAUGGAAGAUGCUCAACCAAAAAUACCGAGCUACAAUGUCCAGCCUUUUCCUUGGUGCCCAUCUAGUAMUGAKCAWAAAGAAGAAAAACCACAAAGCAAUCCUCCAGACCUUGAAGUAGCAAUCCAGCAAUGCUAUAACUGGCAUGAUAAAGAAGAGCCAGUGUCAUACCAUAAUAGUGGCCAGGAAGCAGCAGAAAUCUACCAUCAAGUACAGRCAUCAAUAGAAAAUGCUGAAGACAGUAGCAUUCCUUUGGUGGACCAGUCCACAGAUGAUGAUAUGAAUCAUGAUAUGAAUCUGUCAUGUGARGAAUCAGAUGAUCAGGGUGUGGUCAUUGUUGUUGACAACAGCAACAUAUAUAUUGGAGCUCAAGAGUGCGUCAGUGCAAACAAUGCUUGUGAAAAAAAGCGUCACGUCCGUGUAAAACUACAGAAUUUAGUCAAGAUAUUGGAGAAAAACAGGCCAAAAGAGAGGACAUUUGUUUGUGGAUCAAGUCCACCUACAACAGAACAUGUAUGGGACAUCUACAGGCAUCUUGGUUAUGUCGUUGAUCUGGAGGAAAGGCGAGGAAAAGAUGAGCAAAGGGUUGAUGAAGGUUUGCACCUUUUCAUUUACAAGGCAAUAUGUGAACUCUCUCCGCGAGUCUUGGUGCUAGCCAGUGGUGAUGGCAUGAAGGGAAAGUCAGAAAACUCCACAAGCUUUCCUGGUUGUGCAACAAUGGCUUUGGAGAAAGGAUGGAGUGUUGAAGUGUAUUCAUGGAAGCAUUCAUUGAGUACCGAAUGGCUCAAGCUUGCCAAGAAAUAUCCUGAACAUCUAACAAUACACUACCUUGACAAGUAUGUCAACCAGAUAACUUUUGUUGAUGGGAAGCAUGGAAGAAGAUGUCAACCAAUGCCUGGAGGCCAUGGAAGAGAAAGACAGGGACGUCUCACUUAUCAUAAUGGAUAACAUUACGAUCUGGAAACAUUUAUAUAAUAUUUAUGUCUAAGAAAAGAAAAUAGAWGUACAUUUUUUAAAAGUUUAGCAAAUGGAUAUAUUUAUAAUAAUUGUAGUAUAAUGUAUAUGUAUUGCAAGUUAAAUGCUUUUAGAAUUUCAUAUUGCCUAGUUAGUUUUAUAUAAAAGACAGUUCUUAUUGUCAAAAUCAAUAAUCAGUACACUAAGAGGAUCUAAAUUCUUUUUUAACGUAUAGCAUCUCGUACAAAAUAUAGUUAAAUUUGCUAUUAGAUAUUAUUUCUAUCCGUUGCUUUGUUCUCAAAGUCAAUCCUUAUAAUGUAWAUAUUAUCAACCAUUAUAUCCACAAGCGUUACAUACUUAUAACAUCCCAUUUAUGAAGACAUUUGUCUGUUAAUUUAUGAGUU